AUGAAGCAAUUAACUCCCCUCAUUACGAAUUCCCUCCCGGGCAAUCAGUUCUGCCAGCAAGGUUCCGACGUUCCUGAAGAGCAGGUCUUACCCUGCGGGUUCAAGAUUUUUAUGCCUCUGAGAAACGAAGCAGGUGCAGAGCGCCGCAUCUACCGUCUCAACAUCAAGGACCUGUCCAAGUGGAAACAUGAGCUUCGGCCAAAGCGACGUGCUAACAAGGUCAACAGGAUCUCUCAGGGCACUGGUGCUAUCACGGGUGAGUGGACGCUGACUAACUCAUCUAACCCUCUAGAUCAGGCACUGAGUUCCCCUGAGUCUUCUCCCCCUGACUCUCCUGAGAGUGCAUCGUCGUGCGACUCGCCGAUGUACACACUCUCUGAGAUGCGUCUUCUUGUUCCUGGAAGCGAAGAUGGUGAGAUCGAUAGUAAGACUAUCGCGGAUCGCUGGAAGACGAAUAUGAUUCUUGAAGGUAAGAUGACUCCUCCCCCCUGCCGCGACUACGAAGGACCUUACGCAGCUUGCUUCAACGUCAUGGCCGUGAUGGAAGAGCGAGAGCAGGGUAAAGCUCGCCGUCGCGCAGCAUGGAAAACCACUUUGCAGUCCCGUCUCGCCAACGAUGGCCCUAAGGGAUGGGAGUUUCUGCACUCUGUCAUCUGCGACGGCCAAAGCCCAGAACCCGGUGCUCAAAGGUUCCUUGCCUAUCACCCCAAGCAGAAAGCCUACGUCCUCACUCGAGAUUUCAAGGAUGGUAAAUACAUCGUAUCCGCCGCCCGCAAUCUCAACGCUUGCUCGGCACGCGAGGUCUCGAAGUUGGUGAACAGGAUCGGCGAGAAAGGAUGGCAGGAUGUGAUUUAUGUGGCCAUGGAGGAUGAGGACAUCCCCUACUGCUUUGAGGGCAAGGUUGAGGAUGAUGAGCAGGAGCUCCUCAACUGGGGAGAACCUGUUGAGGAGGAAAUGGAGGCCUGGUGA